UUUAAUAGCAAAUCCAAAAUGGCUGAGUUCAGAACAAAAAGUGACAUUGCGGAUGUAUUUUAUCUUUUAUUCUCUUUGGCUAAAUCUUUUUUCUGGAAUAAGUGAGAUAUCUCCAAAGUUAAUCAAAGCUUCCCUUCCUGGCCAGAGCAGCAAUAUCUAGAUCGCUUGGAAGACGAACUAGAACAUCUCCAGAGCAACUCUUGCCCGAGCAGUGUGCUCUUCUUGCCGCCACUCAGUCCUCGACUCCGUUUUCUCACACAUCAGCUGGUUCAGGAGCGGUUUCCAAGUCUGAGGACGUUAUCGGUUGGUUCAGCGGAAGAGCGUCGUACAACGGUGUAUAUGGCACAAGGCAGGUCUUGGAACUUGACACAUGAGACCAGUGAAGAAAGAAACAAACCUCUUUGGACUGCUCAUGGAAGAGGAAGGGGGAAGAAAGUAAGAGAGUUAAGUCAGGAUCCACAAGGGGUAAAGCCAUCAGGAAUUGAUCCUAGUGUCAGACCUAGAGGACGAAGCAGAGGCCGUGCACGCAGGCCUGACCAGCCAAUAUAUGUCCCAGGAGCUUUGCGGAGAGAAAGAUUAAAGGGGAAUGUAGAAAAGGACAACACUUCAGUUUAUUUGAUUGGAAAACAGGGAAAUGGCACAGUUAAAAGUAAUGAGAAGUUCGAAGAUGAGUCUUGUUUGCAGGGUCCUGUAGAGCUUAUUAAAGAAGAAUCAAGUUCAACUCCUGAUCAGAAAAAUGAUACCUGUGAAGUAGCACACACUAGAACGUCUAACAACACUUCAGUUUGUAUAAUUGGAGAACAGAGAAAUCACCCAGUUGAGAAAAGUAAAGAGAUAGUUAAAAAUGAGUCUUGUCUGCACGUCCCUGUAGGGGGCAAUAAAGAGAAAUCUUGUGAUCAGAAAAAUGAUAACUGUGCAGUUGCACACACUACAACAUCUAACAAAACUCCAACGUGUGUUAACAGAGAACCACAGAAUGGCCCUGGAGAGGGAACUAAAGAGUUAGUUGAAGAUGGCUCUAGUUUACAGGGUACUUUAGAACUAGUUGAGGAAGAAUCAGGGUCGAGUCAUUAUCAGAAAAAUGAUUCCUACACAGAGACACAAGCUAAAACUUUUAAUGAAAACAGCAACACAGCAUUCAGAGAACACCCUGAAUUUGUGACUCCUUCUGAUACAAACUCUGAGAGUUGCAGUGAGGAGGGCUCAUGUUCACCUCCUCAAUUAUUUAUCAGUUCUUCUAUUCCAAUUGAUAUAUACAAUAGUAAAACUAACUUAUCCAUAUCAGAAGUGAAUCAAGCUAAUGAAAUAGUGACGGAUGAUAGUGAUCAUUUGAGAGGUCAUAAUAUCUGUGCCCAAGAGAAUACAUGCUCAACUGAUGCAGACGAAAACAUCUUGAUAUGUAGAGAGGUGUUAGAGAACUUACUUACACAUGUUAUUGAUCAAGAGAACCAAAAAAAAGUGAAUGAAGGAAAAAGUGAGGGUGAAAGAAAAAAGACAAAAGAGAUAACAUCAAAGACAACUAAAAAAGUUAAAGACAAGAAAGGCAAAGACAAAACCACAAAACGGUCUUCAAAAGAGAAAAAGAAAAAAAAUGAGAAAGAACAGAAAACACUGCCUAAGAAGCAUGUGAGUGGCGAAGAAGAAUCUGAGGAUGACUGGGAUGCAAACUUUGAUGAGAGUGGAGAAUGUAUCAACCCUGAGCUAAUAAAAGAGCUAUCAAAUUUGACUGGUAUCAAAAAGCCAUCAGUGCGCAAGACCCAGUUUGACUUCUAUGCCUUCACUCCUAAGGAAGUUGACCUUGAUGAGGACCCAGCAUAUUCACAUAUUUUGGAGAUCUACGACUUUUCACCUGAACUCCAAACCAAAGAUGUCUCCCAGGCACUAGCCAUGUUCACGAAGCAAGGCUAUAAUAUCAUGUGGGUGGACGACACUCAUGCCUUGGCGGUUUUCUCAAGUGAAAUUACAGCAAAACAAGCAAUCCAGUCCUGCUCUAGCCCCUUGCUGAAGUUGAGGCCCAUCAGUCAAGGGAUCCAGGCUUCCAAAUCAAAAGCCAGGAACUGUCUAGAGUUCUUGUUACCCUACAAAGAGCGGCCAAAGACUACAAACCUCACAGCAAAUAGACUUGUGGCAGGUGCACUGGGGAUGAAGUCAUCCAUGACAAAGGAACAGCGGCAGAAAGAGAGGGAAAAGCUCAAGGAAGCCAGAGAACAAAGGCAGCAAGAGAAGCAGAGAAAAGCUGAAGUAUGGGGAGAUGACUUCUAAUAUUUUAUUUAGCAAAUAGAUCUAAUUUUUGCAUGUAUAUGUCAUGUUUAAGAAAGUAUGCAAUGCCGAGUUGGUGUGACAUUGUUCAGGACACACUGUGAUAUCAUUACAUUUGUUUUUAUACAACAACACUUGUAAAUCGUGCACUCUGAUAGGUCAAUAUAUAAUGUCUCAUCACAGCUCACAUUUUAUUGGUAUUGUUGAAUAAAUAUAGAUAUCACAGUGGGUGUGUAAUAAAAUAUCCAUUUAGUUUGCAUUUGGAAUCUAGAGGUGUUUUUUAUGUACAUUUUAGUAUUAGUCCACAUACGAUAGACAAAAUGUAAAUAAAAUCUUUGUACAGGGCACCUUGAACAUUCUAUGACUUAAAGCACACUGUUGAAUUAUUCAUCUAGUUAUUGCCUUUUUCUAUAGCCAUAGUUAUCGUUAUUAUACUGCAGUUGCAAAAUGGGUAGUAGGAAGGUCAGGUUUGACAACCUGGAGAAAUGGAUGGACAAAGACAUCUCCCUUGGCCUGCCCAGUGAUCUCACAAUCUUGUUAUUUGUGUAUCAAACCUGGUCCCCUACUCAGUUUGCAAAUGGCAACUGGCAAGAAAUCAAUUCAAUGGAUAAAUAAGACCCAAUGUGUACAGUACUAUGAUUUUAUGCAAGUAAAAAAACAGUUCUUCACA